AUGGUCGAGGCGAUUCUUCUAUUCAUCUAUCAACUCGAUCCCUAUUCCACCCCGAUUGAAGUGUCCCCCACACUUUUCAGUGUCAUGCUCUAUGUUGCCAAUGACAAGUACAUGAUUCCGAAGCUCAAGGUCCUCGCGAAGGAGACAACUGCGACUCUACUUAGGGGUACCAAGGUACAUGAAGACUUUCCGAGCGUCAUUUCGGAGUUCUACCACACUACCAGGGAGGAUGACCGGGCCCUCCGUGACCUCAUUUUGUUGACCUCACAUCGGCAUCUUGAUGCUUUGAAGUUGAACAAAAACUUCCAAAAGGUUCUGCGAGAGACCAGAGAUUUCGCAAGCGAUCUAGUUCUUCUCCAAAGGGGUUAUGGACUUGAUUCAUUUUCCUGCAAGAGCGGUUAUUGCAAAGCCGUCUGGUGGCUGAUGCCGGGGGCUAGCUCUUCCUACCGGUAUUGUCCGCAUUGCCGCUCAAGUAUUGCUAAGUCGUAA